GGACGACAUUCGUGACGCAACGGUCAUCGUGGCUGGCGAAGCGCCUCGAAGGCUGCAUGAUUGCCGAAGUAUCUCUGGUGAAGAUGACGCGUCGGUGGCUGCACCCAUGCGCCGCUUCGUCCUAUCCUUCAAUUGUCCGCUUGAGGUUGGCCAGACGAAUUGGAUCAGGUUGGAAGUCUAUGAUGCGGGUGCUGGAGGUGCCACUGUGGGGCAGCUGCAGAUGGCCACUGCGCCCUUGUCGGGCAGUUUCCUCGUGGGCCACAGCGGCACAUGGAGCGCGGCGAUUGAGGCUAGAACUGCCACACGCAGCUGGACACACAUUUGCUCAAGGAUCACAGCCAUGAGGAGACCUGCAGCUGAUCCGGCCGGGCAGCUUGAGUUGGAGUGCUGGAAGCACCCCUGGGGCUGGAGCACCAGUGAAAGCCUUCAGGUCCUCGUCCGCUUUCGCCGGCCCAUCGGCAAUGUACCCGAGCUGGAGCUCAACACUUCAGGCUUGCCACGCGAUGUGAGAGGUUUGCAGGGAACUGGCUUUCAGGUGCAGGUCUUCACCCUGGAAGAUGGUGAUGCUGAUGCAAUCUUCUUUGAAAACGUGCGGGCCCAUUCUUCGUGUCGCGAUGUUCCCCUCGAGAUGUUCCAGGUGCCGAGGCCGCCCGACGUGGCCGUAAAGCCGGUCCGCGUCGUUUCAGAGGGAAUCCUCGGUGCCUACGGUGGUUCCAGCCCGAUUGGCUACACAUAUUCAAGCGGCCUGGUGCCCAUAUUGCACAGCGCAAUGCCGGCCAGCGUGACUGCCGAUGACAACCUGACUUUGGUCAUCAGCAACAUACAGUCCUACAAUUCGACAGGUUGGAUUGAGGACUUGCAGGUGGUUUUGGGCGAGGAUGCUGGCCAUUGCAAGGAUUUGCAUGAGGUCUCGGAGGACCAGGGCAACAUCACGAUAAUUUGCAGGCUGGACAAUGCACGAGCUGGAGUGCCAGGGCCUCUUGUGCGAUUGUACAGGUCACGUGACACCGGAGUUGCGACCAUAACAGUGUAG